UCUAAACAAGGCCAUAAUAGUAUGACAAGUAAACAGUUCUCCGCACAGCUUCCCCUCCCGCUCGAAUUCUCAAUCAUCACACGAUAAAAAGUGGUGUCAAGUACAGUAGUUUGCUCGCAAAGGGCAAGAAACUCCUGCAGCUAAAGCCAUCAAUCCUUCCAUUUCAUUAGCUCUGCCUCUGCAGUCAGCAGUCAGCACACCCUCCAUGGCCAUCCCGAACGCGAGGCGGCCAAACCCACUUGCCGCCCUCUAUCUCCUCCUCGCCGUCGUAGGUGCUUUCAACACGGUCACCGCACAGGCACAGGUGCCUCCACCACCGCAGCUGCAGCUGCUCAGCGAAACCACCGGCCGGACCGUGCCUACUACCGUCAUCACCGUCGCCGCCAUCGUCUUCUUCGUCCUCGUCUUAUUCUGCGUCCUCAUCAACCAGUGGCGGCGUAGCAGCAGCUCCGCGGACGCGGACGCCAGCGCUGGAGGAUGGCAGGCUUCCAUCAGGUGGCGCAGGCGAGGGCUCGACCCGGCGGCGGUAGCCUUGCUCCCGAUCUUGCCGUACGCGGAGAUCAGGAAGCACAAGAGCGGCGGCGGGGUGCUGGAGUGCGCCGUGUGCCUCACUGCGUUCGACGACGGCGACGAGCUCCGGCUGCUGCCGCAGUGCUCCCACGCCUUCCACCCGGACUGCAUCGACCCCUGGCUCGAGGACCACAUCACCUGCCCGCUGUGCCGCGCCAACCUCGAGAGGCCCGUGAUGCCGCCGCCGGCGGCGUCGCUUUCUUCGCCUGAGACGAAGCCGCUGCAGACGACGCUGGAGGCGGCUGGCGUCACUGUUCGCGUCGUGGAGGUGGAGAACGACGACGAAAGGAGGAGAGAGGCACAGGAGGAGACCGUGGACCUCGUGAAGCUGCGCGCGCGCGCGGCGAGGAUGAUGCCGCGGUCACGCUCGACGGGGCAGCACUCGGCGUCGGCGUCGGCGUCGGCGGUCGCGGCGGAGACGACGGGAGACGACCGCGAGAGGUUCACUGUGCGGUUGCCGCCGCACGUUCUGGAGGAGGUGCUCAAGUCGAGGCGGCUGCGGCACGCGACCAGCCUCGUCAUCAGACUAGGCGGCGCCUCCAACUGCGAGGGGAGCUCAUCGGCGUGUGGCGAGAGAUGCCACGGCGCACGACGCCGGUGGCCGUCCUUGUUGGCCAGGACGACGUCGUGGGCACAGAGCGUCGCGGAAGUGUCGGCGCGGUGGGGAGGCGUGGGACCCGAUGCAGGCGCAAGGAAACCGCCGUGCGGUCAUGUGGUAUGCUCCACGGCGGCGCGGUGGCCGGCCAGGUGCAAGGCCAGGAAUUUGGCUUGACUUUCUUUUCUUUCCACAUGAUUUUUCUUUACUUUUUUUUAGUUUGCUCUCUCUUUGUGUGAAUUUGUAUCUUUUCUUUCGGUCAAACUUUUUUUUGUGAUUUUGACUGACUUCGUAAAAAACAACAUGGGCACCCACUACACAUCAGUUAGGACGGCGUGAAACAUGGCGUUCCUCCCCUAUUGAGUCCAAAUAAUGUAUAAAAAACGGGCUUGUUGGGUUGUGCCUAAGAGCAACUCCAGCAGAUAUGUUAUCCAUAUUGUCUAGACUAUUUUUAUAUUUUUAAAGCAAAAGUUAAACUCCAACAGAUGUGCUAUCUGGUUUGCUAAAAUAGCAAGUUUGCUAUUCCUAAACUUUCGCUUGUCAUAUAUAGCAUGUCGUCCUCACUAGCUAUCUUAUACAAAGGCUGUUGUGGAACUUUAUGCUUUAAGUGAGUUUUUUAUUUUAUACAAUGGCUAAAUCUUGUAAUUUAGAAU